AUGACGACGCCAGCUCUACUGCCUCUGUCGGGCCGACGGAUACCCACGCUGUCGCCGGGGGCCUCCUCCUUCCCGCACCACCGGGCCACGUUGAGGCUGUCGGAGAAGUUCAUCCUCCUCCUCAUUCUCAGUGCCUUCAUCACAUUAUGCUUCGGGGCCUUCUUUUUCCUGCCGGACAAUUCCAAGCACAAGCGCUUCGACCUGGGCUUGGAGGACGUGCUCAUCCCCCACAUUGACUCGCCCAAGGAGGGCAAGCACGUUCCGGGACAGGCAGUCAUACACGGGGAGGGAGGACUCGACGAGCACAGACACAGGAGGGCUGGUUUCUCCGGCCUAAAUCCGGCCAUUUGGCGUUCCCUGUAUGGGGCCAACGCACUGGUGGAAUGA